UCAUUGCACUGCUCCAUUGAUGCCACUGUGAAGCAGCCUCCUCUAACUUUGGACCGCAGGAGGCUGAGCAGAACCGGAGGGAAGAGGAGACCCGACACCACCGAGCAGCCAGCCUGUGUGUGGCCGCUCCACGGUGCUCUGAGGACGGCCAGGGAGGAGGGGACGGAGCGCGCAGAGGGGACGGAGCAGCAGAAGAGGGAUUUAUCCUGAAUCACGGGGAUUAAACCUGGAGGAGAUUUCACGAUCUCUAAAGGUGCUCGGCACAAUGGGGGACUCCUAAACCUCUGAGGGGCUGAGCACAAAAGGCCGAAAGGGGAAGAGGAAGAAUAAAGCCGAGGGAGGAGGAGGAGGAGGAGGCGGAGGAGGAGGAAGAGGAACAGAAGAAGGAGGAGAGAUUCUUGCCCCGGUGCCAAGGAAAGGAAGGGCGAUUUGAGAAAGGAGGGAUUAGUUCUAUCCGUCAGGGGGUGCAUGCUCCCCCUACGUCCCCCCUCCCACUUGGACAUCCUCUUUUUACUUUAUUUUUAUCGUUGACCAACAACAAAGGAAAAUGAUGUGCAACAAAAUGAGUUCAGGGGCGAUCAGGGCCCUCGACGUGAGGCUACCCAGGACUAGAGCCCUGCUGCUGGGCUUGCUCCUGGCCGCGGUGGGCUGUCUACAUGCGGACGCGGAGAUGGACGCGCUGGGCGGGGGGGUGGUGCUGAUAGAAGGAGGCGUGGAGGGCCAGAGGACGGCCAGAGGAGGCGACCUGGAGGCCUCCAUGCACUCCUCGCUCCUGCUGGACUUCCAGGAAGCGACGGAAGGUAUCCGGGCGUUGGAGGCGGUUGCCGCGGAGACGGGCGAGGCCGCGACGACGGAGCAGAACUUGGCUCCUUCGCCCGCCACCGCCUUCCCAGACUCCUCGGCGGUCGUGGGUCGGAUCUUCCAGAUGACGGUGCCGAACAAGAUGGAGGACGUUUACCUGGGAGAUAUCGUCAAGAUCACAGAGAUGGGGAAGGACUCCCUCCCUUCCUGGCUGCACUGGGAUGCCAACAGCAGAAUCCUGCAGGGUCUACCUUUGGAGGAGGACAAAGGCGUCCAUUACAUCUCGGUAUCCAUCUCCAACCACACCAAAUCCUCCUUAUCUUCGGAGGUGUUUUCCAUCGAGGUACAUCCUGAAGAUCAUUUGGAUGUAGACGCUGCCCAGCUGGCAUCCAACCAGGCCUCCACUGAAGACGACGUUCAGCCGUUCAUGUGUGGCAACGAGGAGCCAAUCACGGUGCUGACUGUCAUCCUGGACGCUGAUUUGACCAAGAUGAGCUCGGAGCAGAGAGUGCAGCUCCUGGAUGACAUGAGGAGCUUCUCCGGGGUGGGGAUCCAGCACAUGAAGAUACUCCCUGUGGUCAACAACAGGCUGUUCGACAUGUCUGCAUUCAUGGCUGGGCCGGGAAAUGCCAAGAAGGUGGUGGAGAACGGCGCUCUGUUGUCCUGGAAGCUCGGCUGCUCAUUGGACCAGAGCACAGUCCCAAAUAUCAACAGCGUCCAGGGUCCUGCAAAGGAAGGGACAAUGUCCGCAAGGUUGGGAUACCCUGUGGUGGGAUGGCACAUUGCCAACAAGAAACCCCAUGUCCCUAAGCGGGUGAGGCGCCAAUUAAACAACACUCCGACACCCGUGCUGGCGGUGCUUCCUCCAACAACUAUAGUGGAGCCUCCGGUGAGGAUUAUCCCAACCCUCUCCUCUCCCUCUAUUGCCGCACCAACCGAAAGCUCUGCUCCCCCUGUAAGAGGCCCUGUUCCCCUUCCAGGCAAGCCUACGAUCAGAGUCCGUGACUCUAUUGCCCACACCCCAACUCUGGGGCCGCCUCAACCAACAAGGGUAGUGGAGGCCACCAGCACCAUUCUUAUCCAACCAACCAUGACCAGGCCUACGUUUGUGGAGGCCACUGCUACACCACCCGCACCCACUAGAAGACCAACCAAGAAACCUAGGAGACCCAAAACCACACCGGUGCCCAGAGAGCCAAAGACCUCCACAGCCAAGCCGGCUAGGCACACCACACCAGCACCUGCUGUCGUCCCAGACCCAUACAACGAAAAGCCUGUCCUGCGAAACCCCAUCGACCAGGUCAAUGCAUUGGUUGGCACCUAUUUCGAGGUUAAGAUCCCAUCUGAUACAUUCUUUGAUAAAGAGGAUGGGACAACUGACAAGCUGCGUCUAACUUUGCGACAGAACCACAAUGAGGUGGUUGGAGAGGGCUCCUGGAUCCAGUUCAACACCACCAGCCAACUUCUCUACGGCCUGCCUGAUGUCCAGAAUGUGGGGAAACAUGAAUACUUCAUGCAGGCGACUGACAAAGGUGGCCUGAAUGCAAUUGACGCCUUUGAGGUCCGCGUGAACCGCUGGCCCAUCAAUGACAAGUCCCCAGUGAUCUUCACGGCCCGAUUUGAGGGUGAGCCGCGUUCGAUAACAAAUGACAUCCACAAGAAGAUCCUUCUGGUCAAGAAGCUGGCAUAUGCGCUCGGAGACCGCAACAGCAGUACAGUCAGUCUACGAAAUAUCAGCAAAGGGUCCAUUGUGGUUGAGUGGACAAACACCAGCCUCCCGCAUCACCCAUGUCCAAAGGAGCAGCUCGCAGUCAUGAGCAGGACGCUCGCCAGUGCGGACGGAAAGCCCUCACAGGCCUUCAGGUACUCUCUGGAGCCAGAAUUCAGACCACUGGAAGUCAUGGCCAAGGGAAGGGCAAGCUGCAAAACAUAUUCCUUCAUCCCACCAGGAGAGAUCGAUAUACCAGAACCUGCAGCGGUCACGCCCGCUCUGGGAACAGGCCGGCAGAGCACAGAUGACGUCUAUCUCCACACAGUCAUUCCCGCCGUGGUGGUGGCAGCAAUCCUGUUAAUAGCAGGCAUCAUUGCGAUGAUCUGCUACAGGAAGAAGCGAAAGGGCAAGCUGACUAUCGAGGACCAGGCCACCUUCAUCAAAAAAGGCGUGCCGAUUAUCUUUGCGGAUGAACUUGACGACUCUAAGCCGCCCCCAUCUUCCAGUAUGCCCUUGAUUCUACAGGAAGAGAAGCCCCCACUUCCACCCCCCGAGUACCCCAACAUGGCCACGCCAGAGACCACUCCCCUCAACCAGGAGCUGCUGGGGGAGUACACGGCCCUGCGGGACGAGGACCCCAACGCACCUCCCUACCAGCCACCACCUCCCUUCACCACUCCCAUGGAGGGCAAGGGCUCCCGUCCCAAGAACAUGACUCCCUACAGAUCUCCACCUCCCUACGUGCCACCCUAAGACUCGUUUAACCCUCCCCUCGUAGGGUGGAGGGUUCAGGAUGCCUGAGGAACUGUGACGGUUUCCAUUCUGGUGUUUGUCUGUCUGGACAUUUACAGGGAGAGAUGACAACAGGUGCUAAAGUACAAAACAGCUACAGGGGAUUUUGGUUUGGGAAGGGGGCCGUAAUGAGUUGGGUGGGAUUUUUUACAGUAGACGGAUGGGAUGUUUGGGUGACACAGCUGGGAGGGACUACUGAUUUAGUGGUAGCCCAGCUACUACAGUGGCCUAAGACAAACAAAUUUGCGUCAGAUUGGCUUUCGGAUCGACCAGUUGGUCAGAAGUGACGAUUGGGAGACAUGAUCUCCCGUCCUGGCAUUUCUUUUUUUUUCCCCCUUUGUUUUAAAAUACCGGCUUUUAUUUUUUCAUCAUUAUCCCAAGGUUGGUUUUUUUUCUGGACUGAAUCAUUUGCCUAACAUCUCUUCUUUUGUGUUGCUUUUAAAAUGAUACGAGAAGACAGUGAACUGCCACCAGACCACUACAGGCAACAACUCGUGUUUUUUUAAUAACAAGAGUGAGAUUCUCUUAAUAUGAAAAAAGCUAUCACAAGGAUCUCGAAUCAACCCUGCAGACGACACAAGAGAAUGGGAGGCCGAGGUGUGUGUGUGUGUGUGUGUGUGUGUGCGUGUGAAUGAGUGGGUGUGUUUAUUCAGAUUCAAUACGGUUUGCCUUUUAACACUAGCUGUCUGUUUCUAUCCUUAUUCACAAUGUCUAGUCUAAAAUGAGAAUAACAAGGUAGCCUAAAAAAAAAGAUUUAGAGAUGAAUAAUAAAUAAUUUGUUUGUUUUAUUGGUUUUAAAUUUCACUGUAUAUCUGGAAGAUGUUCUGAUAGAUUAUGUUAUAUUUUUUUGGUGGUGGAAGUAAGAGGGAGGAAAGGGACUGCCUCGCUAAAAUAACCUGAAGGAGAUCUUUAUUCCUUUUUUUAUAUAGCAGUAUAUAACUAUUACAGCCCGUGAGAUGUAAAUUACCUUCCUCUCAGUUGCCCUCAAUAAGGUAAAAUGAAGCUGUGUGGGUUAAUGAUAUCUAAUUAACUUGUAAAUGCAGAGUUUGGUGUAGAUUUGGAUGCAAAAUGUGUAGUUUUAUGCAGAUGAUAGUGACCUCUAUCUGCCGCAGCGUGACCCAAGGUUAACAAAACUACUACAGUAAAAUUCUAAUGCCAUGUCCAACCUUUUCUACAUACAAACCUCCAACAUGUACAAUAACAGGAAAAGGACCCCUCCAGGUUAUUUUGGACCAGGGAUAAUUAUUUUUUUAUGUAAUGAGGCAGUUCUUCUCCCCCGUCAGAGGAGGAACUUUGAGUGCCAUGGAGACUGUCCCCAAGCGGGAUUGUACAGAUACUCACAUUUUAGAGGUCACAGAGGAGAUUACUGAGGCAGACAUUUCAGGAAGGGAAGAGAGAACCUUGAAUUUCCAGCAAUUAGCUCACUGAAAAAAAUGGUCACCGAAAAUCUCCUUCUAAUUUUUUUACCAAGAUUUUGAUACAGCCUCAAAUUGUUUUUGAUUAUUAAAAGAAAACAUGAUUAAUGAUUAGUCUUCUGUGAUUUGUAAAAUCUUAGCCUAGAAGUUCAAAUAUGAUUCAAUUAUGUACACUUUAUUUUAUUUUGAUUUUAUUUUUUGUCUUGGGUCACAUUUUCAAGUGUUUUUAUUUUGUCGUGUGUGUUUGCAUAUCGAAAUGUAUCUCCCACUAUACAAAGACGGACAUAUUUUAUGUAAUCACAAAAUUUAUUUUUUAUGUCCUUUUAUGUUUGCUAAUGAGUUUCAACUGAAAGUGACCCUUUGCAAUAAUAAUGUAAGGCGCAGUCCACUCGGUGACUGGUCGAUGCAGGCUCAAGCGAGUGACUCGUAAUGUCAUAAUAAUGUUGGUUUUUGCAGGAUGCCAAGGCUUUUUUGCUUAUCAAGUGUGCAUUGUCAUAAUAAAACCAACUGGUACGAUAAAAAAAGAAAAACAUCAACCUUCUUCAUUCAUGUAUCUGGUUUUAACUUCUUCGUUUUGUUCAGAAAAAUGUAUUUUCUUGUCACACUCUCCCAUCAAAACCUGACUGAUGUUUAUGGAUGAGGUUUUUGAUCACUGUCACUUUUCUACUUUGUCCGCUUAGCCUUGAAUUGAUAAAUCAAUACGUCUGAAGUCCUCGAGAGGUUUUGCCUCCCCAGACGGCUCGCUGCCUGGCAACCGUCAAUGGUCUACGGGCUAACUGAAACUGUCGCGCUGCUCUCCCUUUUGUACUAAAUUAUUCUGCCAUUGAAUGACUAGUUGGACUAUUCAGUUUGAAAGCUCUGCCCAUUAAA